GACACCUAGUACUACAUAUUAUACAUCACUAUAUCAGCUCACUAACACGUGCCCAGCCGCCUGUUCUUUCGAUCUCGAUUGGAAUCAACAAUGUCCUUUCGUGACGAUGAGCCACCUCCUGCAAAUUCAUCAGCAGGGCGGGAGCCAAUCCACCGGGGCAGCGACAGAGUCCGGCUGAAGGCGUACAGCAACGACAAGGCGCCACUGGAGGAGAACGAGCAGCAGGUGCUCCUGGAGCUCGUCGACACGUCCUCCGCCAGCGAGCGCUCCGGGCUGGACCUCGUGGCUGUCCUGGACGUCAGCGGGAGCAUGGGCGAGUACGGGAAGCUUGACAAGUUGAAGACGGCCAUGAAGUUCGUUAUCAGCAAGCUCGGCCCCAUGGACCGCCUCUCCAUCGUAUCCUUCUCCAGCGUUGCCAAAAAGCUGUGCCGGCUGCACCUCAUGACCGUCGACGCCAAGGAAGAGCUCAAGGGAAUCGUCGAGAAGCUUUCAGCUGGCGGCACUACCAACAUGAGACACGGCCUCGAGAUCGGCCUCGACGUCCUCGACCAACGCCUGUACAGAAGCGGCCGCGUCUCCAGCGUCGUUCUCAUGUCUGAUGGUGAGGAGGACUCGCCCGGUGCUAGCCUGGCCGUCGAUGCCAGCGGAACAGCGGUCUACACGUUUGGUUUCGGUGAAAACCACGAUGCGGAGGUGCUGGGAGCGAUCGCGAGCAAGAGCAGAGGAGGAACGUUCCACUACAUCAGGGAUGAGGAGAGCCUCACCAUCCGCUUCGCCGAGAUCCUUGCCGGCCUCCUCAGCGUCGUGGUCCGGGACCUUGAACUCGUGGUGUCAGAGCUGCCAGGCCACUCCAAGAUCAUCAUCCAAGAGAAGGAUGAGGGGGACACCGCCGAGCACGGGAGGUACCGGCAGAGGAGGCAGAACGGUAAGGUCUACAUCACCUUCGGCGAUCUAUUCGGCGGUGAAGCUCGCAAGGUUAUCAUCCGCAUCCUCCUCCCGGCUGUCCACAGAGGGUACCGUGCGACUGUCCUCACCGCCCAAUGCUUGUAUAGAAUCCAAGGAAAAGAUUUCUACUCCCCUGGUGAUCCCCUAAGAUGCUUCAUACACCGCACCCGAUCAGCUAGUCCGGACGCCAAGAAUCCGAAGGUGGAGGAGGAGGAGGACCGUCUCUUCUAUGUUGACAACAUAGAGGAGGCGAGUAAGACGAAUGACUAUGACAGCGCCCAUGGCAAGCUCGAAGAGACCCACAAGGUUCUGGAUGCCAAGCGGCCCAACCGCAUGAUCAUCAUCGUCAAGAAUGAGCUGCAGCAGCUCCUCCAGCUGAAAACGUGGAAGGAUCUCUUGGCCAGCCUACUAGCCUACAAGGUGUCGCACGAUCGCCAGAGAGGCGGGCCCUUCGCCACGUCACGCAUGCGCAGGUACACGGAGCAGGCCGACAAGUUUGAAAAGGAUCCCAACGAGGAGCCGCCGUCGGUGGAUGACGAAGUCAAGGAGGAGGCGGAGAUCGCCAUGAAGAGGCCGGCAACAGGUCAGCACCGGGAUCCGAGGAUCCUAUGGAGACGACUGGAGCAUAGUACCUCCGGGUGGUUGGCAUGGGCGAUGGUGAUCCUGUGCACAGUGCUGGCCAUCGGCGUCAUCGUGGCCGGCGUUGCGGUGUUCGCCGUGUACAUCUUCUUCAAGCCCAAGAUGCCGUGCCUGGUCGUCUCGGACGCGCACCUAGUGCUGCUCCAGUAUGACCAGGGUGGCACCGUUCAGAACCUGCAGAUGUCAAUCACCGUCCGGGCCGAGAACAACAACUCCAAGGCGGAUGCCGCCUUUUCCAGCAUCGACCUUGCGCUUGGGUUCCAUGGUGCCGACAUCGUGCUCCUGCGGGCCGAGCCGUUCGUGGUGGCAAGGAAUAGCUCCUUGCCGCUGCAGUACAACGUGCUGGCGGUAGGGCCGACGCUGGACCUGGAUGGGAUGCGGGCUAUGGAUGAGUCGCUCAAGGCGGGAAUGGUGCCAUUCGACCUGUUCGGCAAGGCGCGCACGCGCUGGAAGGUGGGUGUCUUCGUCAAGCUCCGGUACUGGACGCGCAUCUCUUGCCGCCUCCGGUUCUUCUUCCCUGGUAAUGGCACCGUUGUGCCCACCGAUCGCGACAGAUGCCGCUCCAGGUGACCAGGCCGCCCUAGGCCCCUACCCCCUAGCAAUCAGUGCUAGCUCCUUUAACAUAUCCGUCAUGUUAAUUGAUGUUGUACUUGGAUGAUUAUAUCAAACAAAACGCAUACAAAUACCUGCAUAA